GCAGGGGCUUGUAAUGGUGCUUCCUGUGUAGCUUUUAGCUAAUAAGCUAAUUGGGCACUUGGAGCUAUCGCUAGCUAAUUGAAUAGCAAAGAGUUUUUGCCCAGUAUAUCUGAUAUGAUAUGAAAUGUCUCCGUGAAGUAUCUUAAGCCAAGAUAGGCUCUGAUGGACGACUAUGAGGUGGUGCGUCCAAUCGGGGAGGGUGCGUUCGGAAAGGCCUUCUUGGUGCGAGCCAAGGCCGUCCGUGAUGACUACGAUGGCGCGCUGUGUGUGGCCAAAAUGAUCAACCUCGCAAAGAUGUCAAGCAGGGAGAAGGAAGCGGCAAGGAAGGAGGUGGUGCUCUUGUCCAACAUGGAACAUCCCAACAUUGUCGCCUUCAUCCGCUCCUUCCAAGACAGGGGCAGCCUGUGCAUCGUGAUGGAGUACUGCGACGGAGGAGAUUUGAUGAUGAAGAUUAACAUGCAGAGAGGAGUCUUCUUUACUGAGCAGCAGAUCCUGGCCUGGUUUGUUCAGAUCUGCCUGGGACUCAAACACAUCCAUGACAAGAAGGUCCUCCACAGAGACAUUAAAAGUCAGAACAUUUUCCUGACGGAGCGAGGCGUCAAAGUCAAGCUGGGUGACUUUGGCAUCGCCAGGAUGUUGACUCACACUCUGGAGCUGGCCAGGACCUGUGUGGGGACCCCUCUGUACCUAUCGCCGGAGAUCUGCGAGAGUCGACCUUACAAUAACAAAACUGACAUCUGGUCCAUGGGCUGCGUCCUCUAUGAACUCUGCACUCUGAGACAUCCAUUUGAGGGCAGCAGCCUGAGUCAGUUGGUCAGUAAGAUCUGCAGAGGGCGCUACAACCCCGUGUCCGUGCGUUACUCCUAUGAGCUUCGCCUGCUCAUCACGCAACUCUUCAAGGUGAACCCUCACGAUCGUCCCUCCGUCACCUCCGUCCUCCAGCGUCCUUUCCUCAACAAACAUACUCAGGAGAUUAGUCACAAUAACUACACACCAACCACCAACGCCUGUAAAACAACACCAGACAAGAAGAAGUACAAAGCGGCAGUGAAGAAAAUUGCUGUCAAGCCAGAAUGGAGAGUGUGCAGCCCUGCUAACUACAUGCACCACAGAGCAGGACAACUUCCUCAGCCUGCAGCAGGAGACGCCACGGGGGAUCACCACCAAAAGAUUGGACAGUACCAGCAAUACUUUGUCCAAUUGGACGCCUUCCACAGGGAAGACAUCUCUCCUCCUCCAGCACAACCUCUUCAUCAUCCUCUUCCUCCAUGUGAGCUGUGUGAAGACUAUGUCGCUCCUCCAGUUGAACCUUACCAGCUGGUGGCAGCAGCUCGUGAAGAGUACCUUCAGAGGAGGCAGGAGGCCAGCCAGUACAAGUUGAGGGCAGAGAAACAGUUGGGUCUGCGUCCGAGCACGGCGGAGGGCUGCAGGCCAGCUGGGAGAUGGGAAGGCGACAUGCGACCCUGUGAACCCCAGCAUGCACCUCCAGGCACGAAGCAGGACAGCCAGCAGGAGUACCUGAGGCAGCUGGAUGUCAUCAGACAACAAUAUCAUCAGGAGAUGAAACAGAUGAGGUUAAGAGCUGUGGCAGAGCAGCCACACAAAUAUGACAUCUUUGUCCUGGACAAAGAAGCAGAACCUUCUACUACACACACCAAAGAACAACACCAAGUUCAAUCUGGGCAGGACAUGGAAGUGGCUUUGAGGAAGAUUAGGGAGGAGAACCGAAAACAGAGGAGAGAGCUGAAGAAUAAACACAAGAACCAGAAGGGAAUCAUGUUUGAGAUUUGUCUGGAUGAUGUGAGGGACACCUCGGAGGAGGACGACGAGAAGAACCCAGAGGAUAAAAGCCGACUGGAACUGGACCGUCAGAACCAGAUGGUCCACUCACAGGAGGGUGAGGGAACCAAGCUCGGUGAUUGGGCCAAGCCGAGGAGGGUAUGGAGCCAGGGACCACCAGAGACACUGAUGGAGGCUCUGGUGCGCAUGGACUCCCACGCAACGCUGGAAGUUAAGCCAGGUGAGGACGAGAAGGCGGAGGAGGAAGGUCGCCGGCAGUGGGUCUCAGGACCACCCAAGUCCUUACUGGAUGCCCUGGCUAAGGCCAAGCUCAUGUCGUCGACUGUGGACUUUCAGAGCGCAGCCCCUGAAGGGAAAGAUGAGGAGGAAGGCUCAGACAUGGAGAUGGACCAAGAGGUGCUGGAGCCCAGGUCGGACGACGACACGAACUUUGAGGAGUCGGACGACGAAGUGAGGGAGGCGCUGUCCGACUCCAUGGGGAACUUGUUUGUUGCCGAGGACGCCACAACCGCUAACACGGAGACGGAAAUUCCCGAUGGAGCGGUGGCGGUGGAAGGGGGCGCUCCAGGAGAAUCCCUAGCAUGAGAUCACAACAGACUCGUGAUUCAUUUUAGUCUUAGUCUUUAUUUGGACAUCAAGCAGUAUUCGAUUUGAGUUAGCGGAAAAAUUAUAGAAAAACUGAUCCAAGGUGGGCUCCUCACUGCCAUUAAAAUCUUUGCAGUUAAUAGAGCUCACAGUUGUUUUGUUUGGGUAGACGUCAUUUCCUGUGUGUCUUCUGAAAAUUGGCGGAUGUCAAUUAAAACUGACGUGCAACCUAAAGACUGUGCGGUUGCCCCAACAGUAUUGUCGUGUGCAAUAAUACAAGAAGAGUAACAAUGUGGAGAGUGACAAUGUGGCAAUAAUUUGAAACACUAACCCUGGUUAAAAUCUCUAAUUUGAAAUAUCAAUUUGAAAUCCUAAACCAAGACCAAAAGCUGAAUUUGAAACCCCAACCCUGGCUUGAAAACCCAACCGUUGCCUGAAACCCCAAUCUGAAACCUGACCCCUUGUCUGUAAUCAGAACCCUGGAUUGAAACCUUAUUUAGAAACUCUUAACCAUGGCUUGAGACCCAAAUUUGAAACCUUUUAUCUGAAACCGUAGCUCUGGUUUAGGGAACUAAUUUGAAACACUAACCCUAUCUUAAAAAACACAAUUUGAAACCCUAAUCCUUCUCUGAAACCACAAACCUGAAUUGAAACAUUAUUUUGAAACCCAUAGAUUUUUCUGUACCCCUGUUUUAGAGCACUAAUCUGAAACUGUAACCCAAGCUUGCAACCCACAUUUGAAACACUAUUUCUGACUUAAACCCCCAUUUAAAACCUAAAUUUCUUUUUAUUUAAAACCCCUGUCUGAAACCCUAUCCCUGGCUUAGAACACUAAUUUGAAACCUUAACCCAGGCUUCAAACCACACUUCGAAACCCCGCUUUGAAACCCUAUCCCUGGCUUAGAACACUAAUUUGAAACCCCCUAUUCCUGGCUUAGAACACUAAUUUGAAACCUUAACGGAGGCUAGAAACUUUAACUCUGGUUUGAAACCCCAAUUUGAAACCCUAAUUUGACACUUGGAAGCAUAAGGCCACUGACAUUUACACAGUUGGAAACAUCUACACUGUGGUCACUUUGCAAACAUUUUAUUCAUGUGCGAUUUGGAUGCACAUUUGACCAAAGCCUGAUUUGGAUUGCGGGACAGCAGCUAUUCUAACCAUUUGGAGAAACCACCUUGGCGAGGACCAGACAACCCACCAGCGCCGCGCCGACACCCGCACCCAUGUAUCCCUGAGGCUACCCGGGAAGCCUGUCCUGGACUGGAGGCUUAUGUCCCACAGCAACACCCUGUUUGGAACUCCUCCAGAUCGUCCAGGAGCUUCUGGAGCCCGGCGACUUCAGGUGGAGCCCCGCUCGCAAGGUCCCUGAAGGGAGGUUCCACGUGGUUCCAUUCCAUCCAGGCGGGCUCCUGGUCCGGGUAUCUGGCCUGGCUCUGCUUGCAGACAUUCCUGUAGAGCUGCUUCCAUUGCGAAGCCUUGUGCACGUCCCCGUCCAUCUUA